AUGACUCGGAUAGUACCAAGAGAGAAGAGUCAACCACGUUUUUGCGUAUCCAGGAAGCAGCCUGCCGAAGGUCCUAUAGAGCUGCUGAAAAGCCGUGCGAGUAAUACGGGUGAAGGUGUACCGAAUAACUCCAUGAUUGCUGAGCAUAUAAUGGGGGAGCCAUGUGACCACAGGGGAAUGGAUUGGGGAAUACUUAAGCCAAUUGCCUAUGCUUCACAAUCUUUGUCGCCUGCCGAAGAGGAUCGCCCACAAAUCAACAAAGAAGCGUCAGCGACUUUGUUCAGGGUGACACUGCCUUUCUGGGAAAUGCUCGACACAUACAUGGACAAAAGCCCCUUACUGCUAGCCUUGGAGAUAAUAAACCAGCAACUCGACUGA